GGGUUUUUUUUUCUUAUACCAUAUCAACCCAUAAAAAAAAGUACAUACACAAUUAUGCUGCUGUCAUGGUGGUGUCGACAACAACCACGACACUAUGCUCGACCAUUAAUCACUACUAGAAUUCAUUUAAUACGUACCCUGGUCACCCAGCCUCAGCAGCAACGAUCGGUCUUUAACAAGAAUGGUUGGGAAGCAAUCAUUGGCGUUGAAGUCCAUGCUCAGAUCGAUUCCAAAACUAAAUUAUUCUCAGACAUGGAAACGUCAUAUGAAGAGCCACCUAACAGCAAAGUUUCCAUGGUCGACUUGGCCUUUCCUGGUGUUCAACCCCGACUCAACGAGCGAUGUGUGGAACUGGCAGUGAAGACAGCACUUGCAUUAAAGGCGGAUGUACAGCCUCGUUCUCGGUUUGAUCGAAAGCAUUAUUUUUAUCCCGAUCUGCCACAGGGUUAUCAAAUUACACAACAGAGAGAACCUAUUGCUCGAGGUGGCAUGAUUGCUUUAACCCAGUUGGAUGGUGUUCCAGAACCUUUUAUUGUGGGGUUACAUCAAAUCCAGUUAGAACAGGACACUGGUAAAAGUAUGCAUGAUAUGAUUGUUGCAUCGACAUUGCUUGACAUGAAUCGUGCAGGAACUGGUCUGAUGGAGAUUGUUACACAGCCGGAUCUGAGAUCAUCAUUCGAGGCUGGUUUGUUGGUAAAGAAGUUGCAAAGUAUUUUACAAUGUGUUGGAUCAUCACAGGCUAGCAUGAACGAGGGCUCCAUGCGAUGUGACGUAAAUGUAUCAGUGCACAGACAAGGAGAACCGUUCGGCACACGAUGCGAAAUCAAAAACCUCAACAGCGUACGCUUCCUAUCGAUGGCCAUUGACGCCGAAAUCGAACGUCAAAUCCAACUGAUUGAAAACGGAGGUGUGGUGAAAGCAGAAACGCGAGGAUUUGAUGUGGGAGCGAAAAAGACGUUGAAGUUGCGAAGCAAAGAGACAGCACCCGAUUAUCGAUACAUGCCUGAACCAGACCUGCCACCGCUCGUCUUGACCAACACCUAUAUUGAGUCUCUAUCGCACGAGUUGCCUGAACUGCCAGACGAAACGAGAGCAAGAAUCAUGGAACGAUACAACAUGUCGCUGGACGAUGCACAUGCUUUGCUCAACGAGCCUGGUAGUUUGGCGUUUUUUGAAAAAGUGUGUCAGGGUCGGAAUCCACAAGCUGUUCUGAACUGGACGGUCAAUGAUUUGUUUGGUGAACUUGCAAAAAGAGAAAUCCCAUUCACCAAGAGCCCCAUAUCCAUAGAGCAGAUGGGCUCGUUAGUAGAUCUGGUUCAGAGUAACAAGAUCACAGGUAAAAUCGGUAAAGAUGUAUUACGAACGAUGCUAGAACAAGAAACGGAUAUGAUGCCACAGGAGAUCGUGGACAGAAAGGGGUGGGCACGCAUUGACGACAGCGACCUGUUAAAGAACCUAUGUGGUGACCUAAUGACAAAGCAUCCCGACCAGGUCGCCAAAUUCCAAAACGGUGAAAUGAAGGUGUUUAAAUGGUUCAUUGGACAAAUAAUGCGGAAAACAAAGGGUAUGGCAGAUCCUGUUCAGAUCAACAAGGCUUUAUGCGAGGCGCUUGGAUGCAAGUCAGAGGAUAUUGCGGCAGCAGAGGCAAGAGGGCCUACAGAUAAGAAGAAAGGAGGUAGCGGAAAGCAGCAGCAGCAGCAAACGAAGAAAGACAGCAAGAAAUCAUCAUCGUCGUCAUAAUCAUCCUCAUGUAAUAUAUGCACAGCACAUGUAAUAAUAAACACACCCACUAUCAUUGAAUCGAUUCGACUGCGAGAUACUGUAAGCACUUGAUGAUGCA